AUGGCGGUGUAUCGUCGCCCUCAGCUGCUGCUGCUGCUGUUACCGUGCGUGUGUCUCUGCGGUUUCGGCUCCGUCUUCGGCCUGAAGGCGGCCAGCGGCCCGGCCGAGCCGCCCAACCCGCCCGUCCUCAGAGCCGCCGAUCCCCCGGUCAAAGAUGCACCUGCAGCCGCCGCCGCUGGGGCCUCGCAGCCUCGAAGGGCGACCGGUUGGAAGCUGUCGGAGGAGGAGGCCUGCCGGGAGGACCUGACUCGUUUCUGCCCCAAACACACCUGGACCAACAACCUGGCCGUGCUGGAGUGCCUGCAGGACCGCCGAGAGGAAACUGACAUUUCUCCUGACUGUAACCAUCUUCUGUGGAGCUACAAAUUCAACCUGACCACGGAUCCAAAGUUUGAGUCGGUAGCUACAGAGGUCUGCAAGAGCACCAUCGCUGAGAUAAAGGAGUGUAACGAGGAGGAGCGAGGGAGGGGCUACCUGGUGUCCUGCCUGGUGGAUCACCGUGGCAACAUCAGCGAGUACCAGUGCAACCAGUACAUCACCAAGAUGACCAGUAUCAUCUUCAGCGACUACCGACUGAUCUGUGGUUUCUUGGACAAAUGUAAAGAAGACAUCAACAGCCUGCACUGCGGCAGCAUCAACGUAGGACACAAGGACGUGCACUCGCAGGGUGAGGUGAUCGCCUGUCUGGAGAAGGCGUUGGUGAGGGAGGCGGAGCAGCAGGAUCACGCUCAUCCAAUCAAAGAGGAGUGUCAGAAGGCCAUCCUGCGGGUGGCGGAGCUGUCUUCCGACGACUUCCACCUCGACCGACACCUUUACUUCUCCUGCCGAGACGACCGAGAGAGAUUCUGCCAGAACAUUCAGGCAGGAGAAGGGAAAGUCUACAAGUGUCUGUUCAAUCACAAGUUUGAAGAGGCCAUGUCAGAAAAGUGCCGCGACGCUCUCACAACCCGACAGAAGCUGAUCUCUCAGGACUACAGAGUCAGUUACUCUCUGGCUAAAGCCUGUAAGCUGGACCUGAGGAAGCAGCGCUGCAGCCUGGACACCAACCUGCCGAGAGCCCGCGAGGCCCGGCUGUCGUACCUGCUGCUGUGCCUGGAGGCCGCCGUCCACCGCGGUCGUCCGGUCAGCGGGGAGUGCCAGGGGGAGAUGCUGGACUACCGGCGGAUGCUGAUGGAGGAUUUCUCUCUGAGUCCAGAGAUCGUGCUUCACUGCCGGACAGAGAUCGAGGCUCACUGCUCCGGUCUGCACCGUAAAGGCCGCACGCUGCACUGCCUGAUGAGGAUGGGACGCGGCGACCGCAGCACCACCGUGGACAGCGUCUGCCAGAGCGCCCUGCAGACUCUGAUCCAGUCUGCGGAUCCCGGAGCCGACUACCGGAUUGACCGUGCGCUUAAUGAGGCCUGUGAGUCCGUGAUCCAGACCGCCUGCAAACACAUCCGCACCGGAGACCCAAUGAUCCUGUCUUGCCUGAUGGAGCAUCUGUACACGGAGAAGAUGGUGGAGGACUGUGAACACAGACUGCUGGAGCUGCAGUACUUCAUAUCCAGAGACUGGAAACUGGACCCCAUCCUGUAUAAGAAGUGUCAGGGCGACGCCGCCCGGCUCUGCCACACCCACGGUUGGAACGAGACCAGCGAGCUGAUGCCACCAGGCGCCGUCUUCUCCUGCCUCUACCGCCACGCCUACCGCACCGAGGAGCAGGGACGCCGGGUAAACCCAGCCGAGUCGUUAUCUCGGGACUGUAAGGUGGAGGUCCAGAGGAUUCUCCACCAGAGGGCGCUGGAUGUGAAGUUGGACCCUGAGCUUCAGAAACGCUGCAUGACCGACCUCGGCAAGUGGUGCAGCGAGAAGACGGACACUGGACAGGAGCUGGAGUGUCUGCAGGAUCAUUUGGAGGACCUGGUUUCUGCCUGCAGGGACGUCGUGGGAAACCUGACAGAGCUGGAGUCAGAGGACAUCCAGAUCGACGCUCUGCUCAUCAGAGCCUGUGAGCCCGUCAUCCAGGCCCACUGCCACGAUGUAGCUGAUAACCAGAUCGAUACAGGUGAUCUGAUGGAGUGUCUGGUUCAGAACAAACACCAGAAAGAGAUGAACGACAAGUGUUCCGUCGGCGUAACUCACUUCCAGCUGGUUCAAAUGAAGGAUUUUCGCUUCUCCUACAAGUUCAAGAUGUCGUGCAAGGAGGACGUUCUGCGUUUGUGUCCAAACAUCAAGAAAAAGGUGGAUGUCGUCAUCUGUCUGAGCACCACAGUGAGGAACGACACGCUGCAGGACGCGAGGGAGCAGCGGGUUUCUCUGAAGUGUCGUAAACAGCUGCGGGUGGAGGAGCUGGAGAUGUCAGAGGAUAUUCGGUUGGAGCCGGAGCUGUACGAUCCCUGUAAAUCUGACAUCAGCCGACUUUGUCCCAACGUGAACUUCGGUAACGCUCAGAUGAUCGAGUGCCUGAAGGAGCAGAAGAAGCAGCUCAGUCAGCGAUGCCACCAGCGGAUCUUCAGGCUGCAGGAGGUGGAGAUGAGCGACCCUGAGCUCGACUACCAGCUGAUGAGAGUCUGCAAGCAGAUGAUCAAGCGGUUCUGCACCGAGGCCGACGCCAGAAACGUUCUUCAGUGUCUGAAACAGAACAAAAACAGUGAGCUGAUGGAUCCUAAGUGUAAACAGAUGAUCACCAAGAGACAGAUCACACAGAACACAGACUACAGGCUGAACCCGGUCCUGAGGAAAGCUUGUCGGGCCGACAUCCCAAAGUUCUGCCAGUCCAUCCUGAACAAGGCGAGCGAGGACAGCGAGCUGGAGGGUCAGGUCAUCGCCUGCCUCAAACUCAAAUACGCUGACCAGAGGUUGUCUCCAGACUGUGAAGACCAGAUCAGAGUGAUUCUCCAGGAGUCAGCUCUGGACUACAGACUGGACCCACAGCUGCAGAUGCACUGCUCAGAUGAGAUCUCCCGGUUGUGUGUGGAGGAGGCAGCAGCUCAGGAGCAGACCGGUCAGGUGGAAGAGUGUCUGAAAGUCAACCUGCUAAAAAUCAAACAGGAAGCCUGUAAAAAGGAAGUCCUGAACAUGCUGAAGGAGAGUAAGGCGGACAUCUUUGUGGACCCGGUCCUUCACACAGCCUGUGCUCUGGACCUCAAACACCACUGUGCUGCCAUCACGCCCGGCAGAGGACGACAGAUGUCGUGUCUGAUGGAGGCGUUACAGGACAAGAGAGUUCGUCUGCAGCCUGAGUGUAAGAAAAGACUUCAAGACCGCAUCGACAUGUGGAGCUACGCUGCAAAGGUGGCGCCGGCGGAGGGCUUCUCGGACCUGGCUGUGCAGGUGAUGACGUCACCCUCCAAGAACUACAUCCUGUUCAUGAUCGCACUAAGCGUGUGCGUCCUCUUCCUGGUGGGGCUGCUUUGCGGUCGGAUCACCAAACGAGUGACGAGAGAACUGAAGGACCGGUAGAGGACGAGCGAAAUGACGCUUCAGAAAAGACUGACUCCUCGCACCUUCCUGUACCUUCCUCCUCCUCCUCCUCCUCCUCCUCCUCUCUCAGACACCCAGUCUGGAACCAGCCAACCUGCACAGUGCCAACUCCAGUGCCCACAUCUGGACCUCCCCCCUCGGUUUAAAGCUCUGUUUGGCUGCUGCUGCUGAAUAUUUGCACCAAAUGCAAAACGUUCCCCAACUCUCACGAAAAUAAUCUCCAUUUGGGCAUCGCCAAGCAUCGACAGAGCACUGAUUGUCUGAUGGGAGUGUUUUUUUUUCCUUGGUGAUCAAACUUCCCUCCCAAUAAAUCUGCUUUCCCAGAGGUUUCAGGCUGGGGUCGGAUGAGAAGUGGCCCGGCGUCUUUCCAGUUCCUAAAUAAGCGCUGUUCAUGAUGUGACUGAGGGCUGCUUCUGACGUUAAGGUUGCUUUCCACCCGUUAAGACCUGAUGCUUUCUGUGGCGUUUAAUGGAGACUGGAGCAUGUAGAGCAACAGGAAAUCGUUUCUUUCCGAGUGACUGCGUCUGCCUGAAUCGCACACGGAGCAACUUGAAAUCUUGUGGCAAAACUUUGGGGAGUUGAAUUCUGAGAUGUUCUCGUUGCUUUGAAACAUUUUCUCAUCGGUCGUGACGUCCCGUCCUCUUCGCUCCCGUUCAGGGUCGUGUCCAGCUCACCAGGUCCGACCCACCUCACUGAAAAUGAAGAUCAGGCUGGUCUCCGUUUAUCAGGAAUGUCGUGUGCACAUUUUUUUUAAAACUUCAUUUAAAUGCUUAUUAAAUCAUUGCACUCUUUUUUUUUUUUUUUAAUUUUUAUGCCUUAUUUAUUGCUGAUUAAUGACUGAUUCUGAUUUCAGGUAAGAUUCAAAUUAGUUUGGUGCAUGGCUGAACGUUUCUGUAGUCGAAGUCCACACUGAGACAGACAGUGAAUUACAGCUGGGUGUUGUGAGGUGUGAACAUGAACAGAUUACAGCUCUGGAGGCCAAAUGGGAAGUUCCACCUUAAGUUUUGUAAUAUUUUUACCAUGACCUGUGUCGUCCCAGUCCCCUGUUCUGUCGGUCACAGAACAUGGAGAAGCUUUUUUUCCCCUGGUUUUCUUUGUUCUGUGAGGGAGGAAGUGAUUAAUACCAGUUAAGCAUUUAAACAUGAGACUCAUGUAAAAACAGCUGCUCCUCUCUGCACUCAGCUACUAACCCAUGGAAAUGCCUCCCUCUGCAGGCCUUUGGGCUCAGCUCCCAAUUUUUUGCCCAGUAUGACUAAAAAUGAAGAACAACCACAAAGAGACCGAAUACGACUACAAAGACACAGAAUAUGACGACAAAGAGACACUAAAAAUGACUUCAAAGAAAAUCAAAACAACUACAACGAGAUGCAAAAGUAGUCGUUUUGUGUCUCUUUCAGUUUUGGGGUCUUUCUCCUGUGUUGGAGGGGUUCACACAGUGGGCCACAGUGAGGCUCUGCUGUCCAGCAACAAAGUGCAGCUGUCAGGACGAACUGGGCCGACUGAACUAUUCUAAUCUGUGUGUUUAGAAAGUCAAAGUCUAAAACUAAUGAAGUCCUGGAAUAAAUCCUCCUUCAUGAAGGUUAUAAUGUUCAGCUUUUAUUAAAACUGUUUUAGAGACGUGUCGAUUCAACUUCAUGGUCAUUUUGGAAGCUGUAGCUUGUGUAUUGCGUUACACUGACAGGUGUUUAUUUUAUUUUUCUAUUAUUUUAUAUUUUGUCCACCCCAUUCAAAUCAGUGAGGGUGAACCCACACACCUCUUUGUAUAAUACAGCAGCAACUACAUCCUCCAGAAUGAUGGCACAGAAUCAGUUUAAAUAAAAACUGAACAUUAUAAUCUUUAAAAGAGGAUUUUAGUGGCUUUUAAAUCCUGUUUUAAAUCUUUCCACACAAACAACAAUGUAUGGAGACGAUGGGAGUCUUGUUUAAGAAAUGAAUCUGAUAGAAAUAUGAUAGAAAAAAAACGUUACUUUGGAUGUUUGGCUUCAUACUGACAUCACAACCAAAUCCCAUCAAUCAGUUUGGAGAAUGUCUCUAAAAAUGUCUUUAAAUUACUUUAAUCAUAACUAAAGAGAUGCAAAUAUUAUUUAACCUUUUUUCCUAAUUGAUGAACUUUUCCUAAUUGAUGAAUUGAUGAUUUUGCACUUUAACUUGACGUGUUUCACCUGCUGUGCAUCGAAGAACUCGCUGUCUUUGUUCGCUGACAUCAGCUGGUGAAUGAGCCUCCUUCAUCACCUUCAUCCACCUGUAAAAAGAUUUCUGAACAGAAGCACUAAUUUUUUUUUUUUUUAACAGACGUUUCGCGGCUUUUUGUUGUACAUGUGUGAAUGAAUAAAAACAGAAUACGUCAGAUGAAUAGUGUGCAGCGCGAACACUCUGCUCAUUUAAAUAAAGUUCAAGCUGCAAACAAUUUGUAAAAACCUUGUCAAAGGAUUUUGACUGUGAAAAGAAAUUUACUACGUGAAGGCCGAGCUGACCAACUGUCAGAGCGAUUAAAGGGGAAAUAACGACAGCUGUCAGAAACAGUUUUGUAUGUAAGUCUCUACCUGUACAAACUUUAUCGGUGUGCAGUUUUGUUUUUUGUUUUUUUAGAUGAAGCCAUGUAACAUGAAGAUGUAACAGAAUUAUCAUUGUGAGAUUUGAUUUUGAUGUACAGAUAAAAUUUGUCAAUUUAAUAAAAAUGUCUGCAGAUUUUCAGAUUCUUGCCUCAACCUGAGUCAAUUUUAAGACUAAAAUAUUUUGUUUGCUGUUUUACUUUUUAAAUAAAGCCGCACGAAAAUAGUCGAACAUUUUCAGGCGCCAAUAUUCACUUUGAGAAGAUCUUUUUCCUGAGAGAACGCAGGCUCCUCCCAAAACACCAGAGCUUCAGCGAUCUGCUCUCCUGUUCAUCUUUAACACUAACCGAGUCCUUCUCAUCUGAGAUGCAACUCAGUAAAACUGAAAACUCUCUGAUGAACAAACAGCAUCUAGAUACCAGGGAAAUGUCCCACAGCUAAAAUGAACCAUAGCAGAGUUGAAGCAUUCUUUAGAGAUCAGCUAAAUGGCAUGAACAAACAAAAAAACUCCCACAACUCCAAACCACAGGAGACUGAUUCAGUCCAUACAACAGUGUCCAGUUACCACUCAGGUCAUCAGCAACAAAACAAGCA